AUGACUAUCACCGUUCGGGAGAAACAGUGGUGGAAGGAGGCUGUCAUCUACCAGAUCUACCCUGCCUCGUUCUGCGACUCCAACGGUGAUGGGAUUGGCGACUUACCUGGUAUUAUCCCCAAGCUCGACUAUAUUGCCAGCUUGGGUGCCAACGUUAUCUGGAUUUCCCCAAUGUAUGAAAGCCCCCAGAUUGAUAUGGGUUAUGAUAUUUCAAAUUACGAGGAGGUCUACCCGCCGUACGGGACAGUCCAGGAUAUGGAGACGCUUAUAAAGGAGACUCAUACACGUGGCAUGCGUAUUAUGCUGGAUCUUGUUAUCAACCACACCUCAGACCAGCACGCGUGGUUCAAGGAGUCUCGUUCAAGCAAGGACAGCCCCAAGCGUGAUUGGUAUAUUUGGAGACCGGCCCGGUAUUCACCGACGGGCGAGCGAUUACCGCCUAACAACUGGCGGUGCAGCUUUGGUGGUGGUAGCGCGUGGGAGUGGGACGAGAAUACAGAGGAAUAUUUCCUACAUGUGUGGGCGACGGAGCAGCCGGAUCUCAACUGGGAUAAUCCUGAAACCCGCACGGCUAUCUAUGCCUCAGCUAUGGAGUUCUGGCUCAAUCGUGGCGUGGAUGGGUUUCGCAUUGAUACUGUUAAUAUGUAUAGUAAACCAUCUGAGAUGCCGGAUGCACCGAUUACUGAUCCCAAGGCUCCUUACCAACCUGCCGCAACGCUUUAUUGUAACGGGCCCCGAAUGCACGAGUUCUUGGAUGAGAUGAAUGUCAUUCUUUCACGGUACGACGCCAUCACUGUCGGGGAGCUACUCUAUGCACCAGACACGAAGUGUGUGCUUGACUACGUGAGCGCCAGUGCCGGGAGGAUAAACAUGGUGUUUCAGUUCGAUGCUAUCGAUGUAUGCUUCGGCAAAACACACAAGUACGAGACAACACCCAAAAGCUUCACAUUGCCUGAUUUCAAGGCCGGAAUUAGUCGGACGCAAGAGCUCAUCCGAGACACUGAUGGCUGGACUACCGUUUUCCUGGAGAACCAUGACCUACCCCGAUCCGUCACUGUCUUCACGGACGACCGGCCACAGUUCCGUGCUAGUGGUGCAAAGCUGCUGGCUCUCUUAGAGGCUUGCUUGAGUGGCACGCAAUAUAUUUACCAAGGUCAGGAAAUCGGCCUCGUCAACGCUCCCUUGGAAACCUACCCGAUCGAGAACUAUCGAGACAUCAGCAGCCAUCUCUUUGUUGACAUGGUCAAGGAGCGCUAUGGUGCGGAUAAUAAAAAGGAAUUGGACAAGGCGUUCGAUGCUCUGCAACAUCUUGCUAGGGAUCAUGCUAGAUUGCCUAUGCCAUGGAAUGGGGAAGCCAAAUAUGGCGGCUUCUCUGAGGUUGCUGCAAAGGAUGCGAAGGAGAUUAAGGAGCCGUGGAUGAAACCUCAUCCUUUGGCAAACGAAAUUAACGUUGCCUCUCAGCUCGAUAACCCUGAGAGUGUCCUUGCGUUCUGGCGCCAUAUGAUCCAUUUUCGCCAGCAGUAUCCGGAUUUGUUUGUAUACGGCGAAUUUAAAGACCUGAGUCCCCUGGACCAGAAUCUUUUUGUCUUUGUCAAGGAGGGCCGUCAUGGUAGCACCAAGGCGCUCGUGGUGCUCAACUUCUCGACUACGGAAAGGAUUUGGGAGCUGCCUAGUGCGAUAGAGCUGGGUGUGUCUAAUGAGGUGGAAAUGGUGUCUAUUAUGUCCACACAUCAGGGCAAGAUAAACAAGUCUCUGUUAGCCGCCUUGGAGGGUCGUGUGUAUCUAGUUCAAUCGCAAGGGCAGCACAGGUAA